CUUUUUGACUCGUUGUAAGCACAAAAUGGCUGUUGUUCAAUAGUGAAUAUUUGUUAUCAUAAACAAAGAACAACGUGUAGGUGUUUAAGAAACAUGGAAAACGAAUUUGCUUUGCAAGAUACCGAAAAUGGAGACGACUGUAAUGCUAUUGAUAAACUGGACAUUGAUGAGAAAUUUAAAGGAGGUCUAAAAGAAAAUCACGCUACUAAUAAUGAUGUUGAUGGGGCUAGACAAGACGGUCAGUGUAAAGUAGUAAAGUUAUAAAGUAUAAAGUAAUCAGUACUCAAUUAACUUUAACUAAUAAUACAAUGAUCAAAUUUUAUUACACAUUCCCACAUAUGUUAUAAUAUAAAAUAAUACAUUUUAAAAUAUGAUAGUCAAAGUGUAUCAAAAUUAUAUCAUUAAUAAUAAUAUUAUAUCAACUUUUAAUUUUAAUAAAACUAAACAACUGGAUGUUCACUAUUAACUAUAUUAUGUUAAAAAAGUGUAUUACUAUUACUAUUUUUUUACUAUUAGUUUAGUCUUUUUAAGCACCACCGUUAAUUGAAUAAUAAUAAUUGGCUAAUGAUCAUUCAAGAUGCCAAGACUUAUUUUCCAGGGAGUGAAUUCCCUUUGUUGAUUUUUACUAAAUUAAUUUAGUAUUUAGGGAUCGAUUUAGGGCUCAGGCUAGGCAUUGGGAUCGAUUUAGGGUUCAGGUUAGGCAUAGGGAUAGAUGACUUCAUGUGACAUGUCAACCAAGAUGGCGGCCACUGAUAAAAUAGUGGCAUUUUCAAUGACCAUUUACCGAAUAAUUUAUUAUGGGUACAAGAUCAAGCUGCCAAAGGCUUUGUCCAUAAAUAUAAGACAAGAUGUUGGAAACUAAUAUUUAUCUGAUUAAUUUUCAAUUUGAUAUAUUUUUUAUAUUUUGAAUAAUAAAAUCAAUUUAUUUUAAGGAUGACCAAACACAAUGCUCACUGUAUGCAAGUUUUGCGAUGAAAUUGAUUAUGAGGGCCUUGUUUGAGGCAUAUUUUGUUUGAUUUGAUUGAAAUUGACCUCAUGGCAUGUAUCAAAUUUUUUUUUUACAACUUUACCUUGAAGAUCCAACUCAUAUGGAUGUGAAAUUAUAAAGUUUUCAUUUGAAGUGAUUGCAGAUAUUAAACAUUUUUGCAUGACAGGCUUUGGAUUGGAUUUUUUUUAAAUGUAAAAAUAAAGCUAAACGUAAUAUACAUAAGAUUUUUUCCUUCAUGCAAUUUAUUUUGCAAAAUGGUCAGUAGCUUCUGAAACUGGGACAGACAAUCUCAUUCUUGAAUCUGCUUAAAGUUGUGACUCUAAAUGUUGCCUGAGAAAUUAAAUUUAACUUGUGUUUCUUAGCCAAUAGUUUUAAAGUCUUAUUAUGCCAUGUCACAUAUGAUAGGUUGAAGAAAAGAAUAGCAUAUCAAAUCAUAUGUGCGUUUUUUCCACAUAAGUUUCUAUAUGGAUUGAUGGAUCUUGACCAAACGUGGGGCACACCUAUCUAUAAUUAUCCAGAAUAAAUACUAGGGGCUUUUAAACUUUUUAAAAUACCCCUGCCGGGGCCACAAAUUUUAUUUCUUUCUGAGAUGAUUUUUAUAAAUAUAAUUUCAAACAUUGGCUAUUGCAUGGGUGCAUGGAUCUAGACCAAAAUUAGUACACAUUCGCUUGAUCCAUAUUCAGAUAUUGGUGGGUAUUGAACUCAUCCACUAACUCGAGGCCAGAGGCCCUAUUUCAUAUUUCCUAUUAUAGCCUAUAUAAAUACCAAUAGGCUUAGAUGACAAUAUAGGUUCUAUAAGAAUUGAUGUAUCUAGGCCAGGCUUGUUAGCCCAUACUCUUCAUAGUUCCUAUUGAUAUAUCACUGGGCUUAACAGUAAUAAUAUCCACUCCAUUAGGGGCUGGUCUAGAAUUUUAAUGAAAGUUUGAUAACUUACAUGGCUAGAUCUCUGGCAUUUUCCAACAUAUAUUUAAAUUCCUCUCCAUUAUUUAUCUAAUUUUUAUUAGGGCCCCUAUUCAAGGCAUAACUAAAAUGGCACAUUCUUACGUCAUUUGUAGUAAGACGGGGGGGGGGGGGGAGGAGAAUAAAAUAAAUCUAGAAUUUUCCCGAAAGAGUUCUAUACUGUUUCAUAGGGAACUAUAUUAGGAUCUUAAAGCUUAUGGGAAAAUAAGUUUAUUUCUAUAGGUUUCUAUAUCCUGGGAAAUUUCUCUGUAUUGGUACCACUGAAUUCAUCAUUUAUACAUUUCUUGUGGCUAAAUGUAAAGCUGUAUGUUUUUCCUGAAUGUAAUCCCUGGCAACGCUGGUAAAUGUAUAUGUUAUAUGUAUAUGAAAUUGAAAAUUGGUCUAUUUGUUCAGCAUACAUCUCUACAUGGAUUGAUGGAUGUGGACCAAACUUGGCACACAUGUCCAUCAUUAUCCAGAAUGAAAUAGGGGGGAAGAGGUUUCAACUUUACAAAAUAUUCCUUUUGGGUCCUUGGGCCCAAAUUUUUUUUUUUUCUUAUAUGAUCUAUAUAAAUAUAGUUCAAACAAAGGCUCCUGCAUGGGUGGAUGGAUCUAGACCAAUCUUAAUGAAAAUGUCUGCUAUCUAGAAUCAAGUACUGAUGGCCCUUAAUUCAUGUUUCCUUAUAUGAGCUUUAUAAAUAACGGUCUGCUUAGUUAAUUAUAUAUAAACUUGUAUGGGAUAUUAUUAUCUAGGACAAGCUUCUAGUAAUACCCUUCAUAGUCCAUAUUGAGUAUAUGAGUGGAUUUAAAAUUAAUAAUGACAUCAAAAUUAUUCUAUUUUAUUUUUUAGAUGGGACAGCAGAGGUCCUGGAAUGCCCUGUGUGCCUUCAGACAUGCAUUUAUCCUGUGCAGUUGCCUUGUCGUCAUAUUUUCUGCUUCCUGUGUGUCAAAGGAGUUGCUAGUAGAAGUAAACGCUGUGCAUUGUGCAGACAACAAAUUCCACCAGACUUUUUCUGUCGCCCAAAUCUAGUGAGGCGUGAUGACCUUGAUCAACCUUUGACAUUUGAUGAUGGCUACAGCUGGUUCUAUGAAGGUGUGAAUGGAUGGUGGCAGUAUGAUGAUCGCACUUCUAGAGAGCUAGAGAUUUAUCACAAAGCUGGACAUUCCUCAUGUGAGUUACUUAUUGCUGGCUAUGUCUACAUUAUUGACCUUAUGAACAUGGUUCAAUCCAGAAGAAAUGACCGAACCAAGAAAAGAAGGAUCAAGCGUGAUCUCAUCAAUCUUGCUGGUCGUAAAGGUGUAGCAGGCUUGAAAAUUUUAAGUGAAUCUUCUGGUAUUGACUCUGAUCGGCCAGGUGCAGAUGGACAUGAAAAUAGUGGUGGACCGAGUACAGUAGCACGUCACUCUAUUCCAAUACAGCAGGUUGAUCGAUCUGGUGACCACCAGUCAUUGUCGCCCCCAACACCUCAUAACACCCCCCAAACGCCAAUGACCCCAUCAGAAAGUCCUCCAAAUUCUGCCACCACAGAACGUGAUUUGUCUGUACACCUGGAACGCCUGCGCCUUGUUGAUAGCUCCUCCCUCUCUAUCAGCCCACAAGGAGGCUCUAAUGGCUCCAGUCGAGGCUAUGACACACCUGAACAACUAAGUACAUCAAUGGAAGAUGCAACCAGGCUUGAGAACGUCAGAGCAAGCCUGCAACAACUGCAGUCACAGAGCUCAAUAAGAAGUAGACCUACUGCUGACUUGGAUGAGAGUGAAGGUGGCUCUGAUUGUGAUACGAGCAUUGUGCAAGUUUGAAUAUUGGUAAUGUUAAAAAUAUAAUUCAGCACAUUUUGAUUUUAUUAUUUUCUUGCUCUUAGCAAUCAAUUUAAGCAAUGUAUCUAUUUGACUUGACAUUUUUAUUAGUUUAGCAUACAUUACUUUUCAGUAAUUAGUGAAAUUUUUUCCCAACUCCAAAAGAGUUUAAUGAAGUAUUAUCUAUAUUUAAUUAUGAGUGCUGCAAUUAACAAAAAUUGUUAGUGAUGUUUUAUUUUUUUCUUAUGAGCACAAGCACAUGGCUGACUGAUUAUAAUUAUAAUUGUGUUUAGAUGGACAGUGAACAUGUUUCACCUGCGGUUAACAUUUUUCCAUGUUUUUUCACAAUCUUCUGUUCUAACUCACAUUAAUUUAGCUAAUAAUUAUGUCGGCUCCACCUAAGUUUGAUAUUAACUUUACUUUUCUUUUAUUGUGUAGAUAAUUACAUUGCCAUUGUAAAACCAAAUAAUUCACAAACGAAAAUAAUAAUAAUAAAUGUUAUUGUAAAUCAAGGUAAAAAAAAUCUUUUUAAUUUAAUUGAACACAUCACCAUAUUUCACAGGCUAAUUCAGUAAAAUGUAAAUGUGCAUCAAUUGCAGUUAUAUUUCAAAUGACAUGAUAUACUUAUUCUCCAAGAUGAUAAUAGAAUCAAUUGCAAUUAUUCAUGCUUCUGUAAUACUUUUUUGCAAAUAUUGAACUUUAAUAUACAUAAAAAUUUAAUCUCGGUAAAGCAGAAUUGUACACACACAUAUAUUUUCAUUGACUGUUUGGCAUAUCAGUAACAAUAUAAGAAAUGAGAAAUUGUUAUUCAAAGGGUUGGAUUUUGUUUUUUCUUUAAAUAGUAUUCACUUGAUCUGUUACCGUCACUUGAGAUAAGAACAAUGUUGUGAGACUGUUGCCAUAGUACAAAGUGAGUUUACCUAAAAAGUAUGUUUUGGUUUGAAUAAAAUAUGCCAUGUGUUUUUUUGUUUAAAAUGUUUUUUUUCUUAUAUUUUACUGUGAAUAUUUCACUUUAAAGAGUACUUUAAUUAAGAUCUGUUGUAUGAUAAAUUUCAUUUAUUAACAAAGUAUUUCAGUUUAAUGGCUAAUGUGUUGAUCAUUUUAAACAUUUCUCUUUUCUUUGUUUAAGUUAAAUUUUUAUGUUGGCUUAUUUCAUGCCCGUGUCUUACGAUAACCAAUAAAUAAUAAGACAAUUAACCAUGACAAAGGUUUUAAAAGUACAGAAUUAAAAUUUCAGUUAGUCCUCUAGUCUUGUAUUAGAAAAAAAAUGAAGGUAUUUUGAUCAGCUAUGAAAGGCAGUAACAUUUCUUUGGUUAAUUUGUCAGGAAGAGUCUGAAAUGAAUUAAAUAUUAACUUGUUAAUAAAGAGCAAUUCCUUAUUGAUAACUUGUAGAAUUUAAUUUUUAAAAAAGAAUAUAUAGUCUAUACAUUUUCACUGCUUGCUGAAUAAUGAUGAUAGAAAAUUUUUUGAUGAUAUUUUGUAUCAUAUUAAGGUCUUUGGGGACAUCUUAGCCUGAAAUUGUUAGUUUUUUUAGUGCAUGGACAUAAUGAUUCACUGUAAGCUUUAUUUAAUACCAGUCCUCUAUUGCAAUAUGUGUUGUACCUUGGCUUUGGAUUAGAUUACAUCAGUUUCCUUUAAAUAAAAUGAUCAUUUAAUUGUAUUAAAAACUCUUUUCAAAAAUAUAAAAAGAAAUUAUUUAUUAGCUCUGUCUGCUCAAAUUAUAUAUUAAAUUAUUUUUAAUAAAUGACAUACUGUGUACAAAGGAAUUCUUUUCAUGUUCCAUAUGAACAUGAUAAGCUUAAACUAUUGUUAUAUUAUUAUUUAGAAGCACAUUGUUUGAGGUGUAAAAUCAACAAUGUUCGAAGUAGAAGUAAAAAAUUUAAAGCCUCUUCUUUUCAAUAAUCAUAUAAAGUAUAAAGCAAAUGCUGCUACCAAUUUGAAUGUUUGCUAUAUCUGACUCAAAUAAUAUUUCUUUACUUUGAAUUUAAAUUGAAUUUGAAUUACUUUGCAGCUUUCAUGAGUUUCAAUUGCUUAGCAAUUACAGUUUAAAAAUAAAAUUAAAGUGAAAUCUUGAAAUUGCAAUUUCGGAGCAUAUAUGGUAGCUCACCCCCACACAAAACAAUAAUUAAACUGUCUGAACCUGCAAAUACAACACUAUUGCUGCAGCCCGAGGGUUGGUCUUAUUUCCAGGUUUCACUGUACUACUCAAGUAACACAAAUAAAAUUACCCUUAAAUAUUUUCUAUUUUGAGCUUGCUUGGAGUCCACACUGUAUCAAUUUUAUUUCACCUGAACAAAUACUGUUAGUACUUUCAAACUUUUCUAUGAACUCUAUUUUAUCUGAAAUGCAAAGUAAACUUAUUUGGUAAAUGCUUCUUUCUUUUGUAGAUUAGCCGCUUGUUCUAUUUACUUUACAAAAAUAGACUAUGAGUUCUGCAUUACUUCUCCGCUCUAAAUAUUCUUUUAAUUGAUGAGCCUUUUUUUUUAAAUUGGAGAAGCACAAAUUCUUUGGUGAAGUGCAUUGAAUUUUAACAGAUGGAUUUGACCAAAUAGUGAUGAACACUUUCCAGCAGAUGUGUUGCUUUAAAGAGAAAAUAAAUUCCUCCCUUUCAAGAUAACGUUUCUUUAGAUUUUAUUUAAUUAAUAACAAAGUUUGAGAUUCAAGUUGCUUAUUUUUGAGGGCUCUGUUCUAUAUUCAGUAUCUUUUUACUUAAUUCUGUGAUAAAAUUUGUAAUGGCUUUAAAAACUCAAUGAAAUGAAAUCAUUUUGAUUUUUUUUAAACUCCAGUCACAAUUCCUCUUUCAAAAAUGUCAACACAAAACAAGAAAGGUGCAUAAAAACAUUAGUGAUUUGAGAGAAAAACAACUCUGACCAACAUGCCAUGCAAGCCUUUUUUUUAUAUUUAAAUGCUUACUGUUUGGAGAUGUAUUACAAGUGUAUAAUAAUAAUAAUGCAAAUUCACUUUUAUUUUUUUUUAUUCCAGUAAAUCAUGUGAUAUCAAGUCUAAUAUUUCUUAUAUUAUUGAGAACAUUUGUAAACAACUUUUUUUUUACCAAGUAGAUAUUUCUUACCUCUACACUCAUAAAAAUGAAAUAUGCUCACAUCUAACAUCAGAAUCAGACCAUUUAAAAGAAUAUUUUAAGAAUUAAAUAUUAUAACUGAUUGUCAAGCCUAGUUUAUCCAUUGUUUCAAUUCAGUUUGUGAUUCCCCACACAAUAUUAAUAAAACUUUCAUGUGCGUGCUCUCCCCCUUUUUUUUUUAAACCUAUGUGAAUUAACUAGAGUUGUACUCAGUGUACCAGUACCAUGAUGAUGUGCAUGACAUAAGGAACCAAUAAACUUGAUUUUGUAAAAUGGAAUUUUGUUGUGUAAUAUUAGAGCGGAAAUAAAUUUAUUUUGUGUUAGUAGUAAAUAUAUAUUUCUUUUUAUUGGGCUGAAU